AGCUCAGACUGUUAUGAUGGAAAAUCAGAUUCGGUUGUUAAUCCAGGUAUUGGACGUGUGAAUCAAGCGUUUUACGAACAUUUUGUGAGAGAUCGAAAUAAUGUUAAAACGGUAUUUGACAUAAACUCCGAGCACUGUAUGCCGACAGAUAACUAUGGCGGAGCUUGCGAUCAGUCAGCGAAAUCCACGCACUACCUGAGUAACUGCAACUAUUCAGCUGCUUUCCACUUGUUGAAUCAUUUCUACGGAGGAAACUUGAAGAUGCCAACAAGAGCAACGCAACAGAAUGGAAAGUUGACAAAGUUUAGUCAGGACGACUUUUUCUAUGUCACAACACCUGGUAUGUACAGUAUGGAUACAGUAGGAUAUAUCUACGUACCCUCUGGAUGUCUGGAUAAAUCAACAAAAUGUAAACUACACGUGGCAUUCCACGGAUGCGAAAUGGGCCAGAGUAAGAUCGGAGACGCCUAUGUACGUCACGGAGGUUACAACGAGGUUGGGGAGCUAAACAACAUCAUUAUAUUGUAUCCACAAGCAAAAGCCUCUACCGUACCAGUAAAUAUUGCUGGGUGCUGGGACUGGUGGGGAUAUACAGGAGCAUUGUUUGCAACAAACAGCGGAUUCCAGCCAACAGCGAUCAAGCGGAUGAUUGACAGAGUUGCUGGAUUAUAAAACUUUGUAGACGAUAACACGAAAUAAAACAGGGAAUUUAGUUUGCA